AUGAUUGAUCCAAACUUGGCGAUUCCGUCGUGCAAAAAACUAUUUGCCGUCGAAUUGUUUGUCUUCAAACUAGUCGGCUUAAAUUCAUUUGAAGAAGCUUUUAACACAAACAACUGCAAUACCAAAAAACAAGAUCUUAAAUAUUGGGAAAUUAUUUUUAUAAUUGCCGCGUUCUGGCCAAUAUCUUUUCUGUUAAUUUCUUUAGUCCAAACAGUACCCAUUUAUUUUGGUGUUAAUUUUUCCAUGACUUGUUACACUAUUUCUGUGCUUUUUUCUAUGACUAUUGUUCAGAUAAAGUUAAUCCGAUUAUGGAGCUGCCGGUUAAAGUUUUAUAAACUCUUUGAAACCCUAAAUAAUAUUUGGGAAGAAAAUAUUACCAAUAGAAUUGAUUUAAAGAACCAAAUAAUUGAAAUAAUCGGCAACUCUAAACCACUUCAACGGUUUUAUGUAAUUAUUGGCCUAGCGUUGUGUUUUUGCUAUACAUUACGUCCUUAUAUCGUUGUUUUAAAAACUUACGUGUCAUUAUCAGAAAAUGAAACAAUGACUUACACAGAAUUAGCUUACGCUGGAGUAAAUUACCCAAUUAAAACGGACACUUUAACCAAUUACUUGUUACUUUUGGCAAUUGAAAACCAAAUUUCAUUCUUCGCCGGUAUAUACUUUAUUCUUUGUGACUUAUUGUUCAUAACCUUGACAACAAUCAUCUCCGUUAAUUUUAUGGCAACUGAUGAGUACCUCAACUUAUUCGAGAUCUAUUUAACUACAAACAAAAACUUAGGAACAAUUAACAGAAUAAUCCGACGGCAUUGUUUACUACUAUCGUUAUGUCGGACAAUAACUCAUUUAUUCAGUCCGAUUGUUUUGUUUACUGUUAUUUUCAAUGGAAUUGAUAUAUGCUGCACUAUUUUUGCAUUUAAACAGGAUUAUGCGGCUGGUGAAGCAAAAAUUUCUCUUGUAAGAAAUUUACCGCAUACCAUAACCUUAAUCUUUCAAAUAUUAGUUUACUGCAAUUGCGCUCACAUCGCCACCGAACGGAGCAAAUCUUUGAGAGAAGCAAUUUAUAAUUCAUCUUGGAUGAAUGGAGAUAAAAAAAUAAUUAAAGCUGUAAUUACUAUAAUGAUUAAUUCUCAAAAUGAGUACAAAUUUACACCGUACGGUAUUUUUAUUCUCAACCGCCAACAAUUGACUCAAAUAUUUAAUACAACUUCAAGUUAUUUUAUGUUACUGAGAAGUUUUGCG